AUGGGUAAUGUUGAAAUUCCCAAUUGGCUUAAAGCUUUGCCAUUGGCACCUGUCUUUAGACCUACAGACACUGAAUUUGCAGAUCCUAUUGCGUAUAUAUCGAAAAUCGAGAAGGAAGCUAGUGCUUUUGGGAUUUGCAAGAUCGUUCCUCCAUUACCAAAGCCGUCGAAAAAGUAUGUUUUUCAUAACUUGAACAAGUCGCUUUUGAAGUGUCCCGAAUUGGUUUCGGAUGCAGACAUUUCGAAGGUGUGUCCAGAGGAUAGAGCUGUGUUUACCACGAGGCAGCAAGAGUUAGGCCAGGCUGGGAAAAAAACGAAAAGAGGAGAGAGUAAUUCUCAAAAGAGUGGUGUUAAGCAGGUGUGGCAAAGUGGAGGGGUGUAUACGUUGGAGCAGUUUGAAACUAAGUCGAGAACUUUUUACAAAUGCCAGUUAGGAACGGUUAAAGAAGUUUCACCAGUUGUGGUUGAGGCAUUGUUCUGGAAAGCGGCUUCAGAGAAGCCUAUGUAUAUCGAAUAUGCAAAUGAUGUGCCUGGCUCGGCGUUUGGUGAGCCAGAGGGUCAUUUCAGGCAUUUCCGGCAGCGAAAGAGGAGAGGAAGGGGUUCUUAUCAGAGGAAGCCAGAAAUCAAUGAUGGAAAUAAUGGUCAAGAUCCUUCAGGUAAGAACAGUGAAAGCACAUCGCUUGAGGUAGAAAAGGCAUCUAUUGCUUCUACAAGUUUAUUAUCUCAGGAUUCGUCCAAGCGGAAGAACUUGGAGGUUGUUGAUGAAAUGGAAGGUACUGCAGGCUGGAAGCUCUCCAACAGUUCAUGGAACCUUCAGAUGAUUGCACGUUCACCUGGCUCUGUUACACGUUUCAUGCCAGAUGACAUCCCUGGUGUUACGUCUCCUAUGGUUUAUAUCGGUAUGUUGUUCAGUUGGUUUGCCUGGCACGUUGAGGACCAUGAGCUUCACAGUAUGAAUUAUCUUCACACUGGCUCACCAAAGACUUGGUACGCUGUCCCUGCUGAUUAUGCGCUUGACUUUGAAGAGGUUAUCCGCAAAAAUUCUUAUGGCAGAAACAUUGAUCAACUGGCUGCUCUUACCCAACUAGGCGAAAAGACUACUCUUGUAUCACCUGAGAUGAUAGUUGCAUCUGGCAUUCCCUGCUGUAGGUUGGUACAAAAUCCUGGUGACUUUGUUGUGACUUUUCCGAGGUCUUAUCAUGUAGGAUUCAGCCACGGUUUUAACUGUGGGGAAGCCGCUAAUUUUGGAACUCCACAGUGGCUCAACGUAGCUAAGGAAGCUGCUCUGCGUCGGGCAGCCAUGAAUUAUCUCCCCAUGCUGUCCCAUCAGCAGCUGCUGUAUCUCUUGACCAUAGUGCCACGAUCAUUGCUGCCAGGUGGUCGUAGCUCCCGACUGAGAGAUCGACAGAGAGAAGAAAGAGAAUUCCUUGUGAAAAAAGCUUUUGUAGAAGAUAUAUUGAAUGAAAACAAGAAUUUAUCUGUUCUUCUUCGAGAACCAGGCUUUCGUUUGGUGAUGUGGGACCCUGAUCUACUUCCGCGUCAUAGUGCACUGGCUCUUGCAGCUGCUGAGACUGCUGUUUCAUCUCCAGCAGUGGCAAUAUCUGAACUCGAGGAUGAUCAUUUUGGUAUGCAGAAUAAAGAGAAGACUUCCCUUUUAGAGGAAUUGAGUUUGUUCAUGGAGAAGCUGAACGAUGUAUACUACGACGAUGAUGAUGGUCUGCUUAAUGAUUUCCAAGUUGAUUCUGGAACCUUAGCAUGUGUGGCAUGUGGCGUUCUUGGCUUCCCCUUUAUGUCUGUGGUACAGCCUUCUGAAAAAGCAUUGAAAGAUCUCUCAGAGAGUCAAGGAGAGAUAGAUGCCCAGAAAAUUACGUCACUAUCUGACGGUGAAUGGAACACGUCCUCCAGAUAUAUAAGACCUCGCAUUUUCUGCCUCGAACACACUGUUGAACUUCAGAGACUUCUGCAAUCAAGAGGUGGACUGAAGUUCCUUGUAAUUUGCCAUAAAGACUUUCAAAAAUUUAAGGCACAUGCGGCUAUAGUGGCAGAAGAGGUCAAAGUCCCUUUCGGCUAUGAUGAUGUCCUAUUGGAGAGUGCAUCUCAAGAAGAGUUGAGUCUAAUUGAUCUUGCUAUUGAAGAUGAAGAAAACAACGAACAUGGCGUAGACUGGACCUCAAAACUUGGCAUCAAUUUACGAUACUGUGUUAAAGUGAGGAAAAACUCCCCUACUAGGAAAAUUCAGCAUGCACUGUCACCAGGUGGCUUAUUCUCCGACACAAGCCACAUGCUAGAUUUUUCAACUAUCAAAUGGCUGCAGAGAAAAUCACGCUCAAAAGCUAAACCCAGUUCUACCUCAAGUUUUACACCUCGUGAACAUGUUGAAGUAAAAGUAGACGGAAAAUUAGGAGAGAAUUUGGAUUCUCAAGUCAAAAGAAAGGAAGAAAAGAUCAUCCAGUACUCGAGAAAGAAAAAGUUGAAUCCCAAGCCUUCUGGAGUACAAGGUCAGGAACUAGCUACCUUAGCUAAAUCAAAAGAUUUUGAUAAUACGUGCAAUAAACUUGCCAAUAGGUCAGAUCUGGAUAGUGCAAUUCAUUUUGAGAUGAACAAUGAUAUUGGAGGCUCUGAAAGGGCCAUUGGCGGGAAUGGGGUAUCCUUCACCGAGAAUCCUUGUAGCUCAUCUUUCGCUGGGGCACACGGUGAAGAACAUCCCGAGAUCACUGUCAAGUUUUGUUCAGCUUUGGGUGGGAAUAUCACAAAUAGUUCUAGUAAGGUGAAUGGAGACACUGCUAACCUAACUUCCGAAAGUAGAGAGCCCCAAGGACACUCUAUGACCAGCAAUAAUAAUGGCUCCAGCUCAGGAAGUCGUGUUGUGUUAAGUCAGACUAUGCUUGUUUGUUGUACAGGUGAUAAUCAUGAUGGACCAAGAAAGUUGUCUGGGGAGUAUGUUUGCAGUGAUGUGCCUGUACGUGAUGUUCAGGAAGCGGAUGAAAUGAGUGGCCAAGAGUUCGAAGAACUGAGGUCUACUGUCACUAACAUCAAGGAUGACCAGCAAUCACAGAUGGUUCAACCAACCAAAAGAGAAGCUAUACCUGGUGAUCACACACAGGUGGAGGGAGCAGAAGCUGUGUGUGCCAGAGAAAACUUGUGCUCUGAAAAAUUUCUGCACACUAAGCAUUCAUCAGCGCAAGUGGGUAUGGAGGUUCUUGAAAUAAACAUGGUGAGUGAGAACAUAGUUGUUGACAUGACCCAUGAUGGUGAACCAAUGGUCUGUAGAGAUAUAUUAAGUUUGAGCAAUGGUGAUCAAGCUUCUUCAAAUGGAUUGCAAACUCCAGAUGAUGAGCUAAGCAUGGAGAGCAAAGUUUCAAGUUCAGAAAACACUAAGGCUAUCGAGGUUCCCAAGUCUAUGGGAGAAGCAAAGAAGAAGCGGAAAAUAGAAUCAGAGCCUGAGACUAACAAUGGUUUCAUAAAGAGUCCUUGUGAAGGGUUGAGGUCAAGGGGUAAGAGGAAAGCAACAUGUGAAAUUUCAUCCAGUCUCACUGAAACAAGCGAUGAAGAAAAGAAACCCACUGCAAAAAGGCUAAAGAAGACUCCAAAGACUCGCUCGGGGAGUCAUCAUCAUCAAGAGAUCUCCACGACAACUCACCAACACCGUUGUUACCUAGAGGGAUGCAAGAUGACUUUCGAGAGUAAAGCGAAACUACAAACUCACAAGAGAAACCGCUGCACACACGAAGGGUGUGGAAAGAAAUUCAGGGCUCACAAGUAUCUGGUGCAUCACCAACGUGUUCACAACGAUGAAAGACCUUUCGAGUGCUCUUGGAAAGGAUGUUCCAUGAGUUUCAAAUGGCAAUGGGCGAGAACCGAGCAUCUGCGUCUGCACACGGGAGAACGACCAUACAUAUGCAAGGUCCAGGAAUGCGGAUUGUCGUUUAGGUUUGUCUCGGACUAUAGUCGACACAGACGGAAAACCGGGCAUUAUGUAACAUAG